UUUUGAAAACCAAGCAGCCACCCGGAAUCACAUGCCCUGCACUGGACUGGACUGGACUGAAACCAAACAGGACUGUUCUGCGUAAAUGUCCACUUUAGCAAAAGCAAUGUCCAGGUUCCGUCUGGGUGUUGUGCAGCUGCAGGUGACCGGCGCCAAGGCGGACAACCUGAGCAGAGCCCGCGGGCUGGUGAAGGAGGCCGCGGGAAAAGGCAGCAAAGUGGUGCUGCUGCCGGAAUGCUUCAAUUCUCCUUAUGGAACCAGCUUCUUCUCUUCGUACGCCGAGAGGAUCCCAGGAGAGUCCACCCAGGUGCUGUCAGAGGCAGCGAGGGAGAAUAAGGUGUAUCUGGUGGGAGGAUCGAUCCCUGAGGAGGACGAUGGGAAGUUGUACAACAGCUGUACCGUGUUCGCACCUGAUGGAGAGCUGAUUCUUAAACACAGGAAGAUUCACCUCUUCGACAUCGACGUUCCCGGGAAAAUUCGCUUCCAGGAGUCAGAGACACUGAGUCCAGGCGACAGUUUGUCAGUGUUUGAGACACCGUUCUGUAAAGUGGGAGUGGGGAUUUGCUACGACAUGAGGUUUGCAGAGCUCGCUCAGCUCUACAGCAGGAGAGGCUGUCAGCUGCUGGUCUACCCCGGAGCCUUCAACAUGACGACUGGGCCAGCGCACUGGGAGCUCCUGCAGAGAGGGAGGGCGCUUGAUAACCAGGUGUACGUGGCCACAGCGUCACCUGCCAGAGAUGAGACUGCCUCAUAUGUCGCCUGGGGUCACAGCACUGUCGUAAACCCGUGGGGAGAAGUGAUCUGCAAGGCCGGAGCAGAGGAGGCCGUUAUUUACGCUGAUAUCGACCUGCAGUAUCUGGCCGACAUCCGGCAGCAGAUCCCGAUCGCAGCUCAGCGCCGUGACGACCUCUACGCCGUCACGUCAGUGCAGGAGGGAUCCGGCUGAGGAACCAGGAGCGAAGGGGACGAAACGCCAACUACACAUCAGGUCUCUGCCGCGGCUCGUCCUCUUCCUCCCGGGGCUCUUUAUUGUGGAAACAGGAAAUGAUUGAUUCCCAGUGAUUUGAGCGCAGUGAUGCUGCCGAACUCUUCAAGGUGGAACUGUGAUUAUCUCUUUAUGACGUCUGAAACAAGCAAGUCGAUCAACUGAAACUGAAGAUUUACCUCUUUUUAAUCUUUCAGAGAGAAACUAUUUUUACAGGAAUUAUUUUCAUCCCUUCACAGACAAACACUGAUUAUCUUGUUUUGUUCUUUCAUCCAUUUCACUUUAUUUUGGCUCAUGAAAAAAACAUUUGUUGAUCGUGGCUUGACAGUUUUGAAAUGUACAAAAAAUAAAAGAAAUUAUUGAAACAUA